AUGCUAUUCGAGCCGAACGACCAAGGUCUCAUCCUGGGGAAGAACCCCGUCACUAUCGGGCACGAAGCCACCGGAACUGUUGUUGGUCGCGGAUCAGGAGUGGCUGCGAACACGUUCCAAGAAGGCGACAAUGUCGGGUUCCUUUGCGCCGUAGAAUGCUGCUUUGAUUGUACAAAUUGCAGGACGGUGCACAACUCGUGGUGCAUCACAGGCAACACGAAGAUGCAAGGUUUUACGCUAGAUGGGUACUUCCAAGAGUAUGCUGUUGUUGAUGCCCGGGCUGCCAUGGUCUUGCCCAAAGGACUCGAUGUCAAUACGGCCGCACCACUGUUUUGUGCAGGUGUCACCGCCUUUCAUGGAAUCCAAGAUUGCGAACUCAAGCCUGGACAGUGGGUUGCUGUGAUUGGGUGCGGUGGCCUAGGCCACUUAGGUAUCCAGUAUGCAAAAGCUAUGGGCCUCAAAGUCAUCGGACUAGACAUUGCCGACCAAGCUCUUGAGGAGGCAAAGACUUGUGGCGCCGACCGAGUCUUCAACUCGAUCAAAGAUAAGGACUGGAAGGAGAGGGUGCUUGAGAUCACAGGCGGAGGUGUCGAUGCUGCAGUAAACUUCACCGCAUCAAAACAAUCGUACGACGAUUGUCCCCCAAUUAUCAAGCCCGGUCAGGGUCUGCUUAUGGUCGUUGGCAUUCCCCGAGAACCGCUACACUUGAAUGCUUUGGAUAUCGCUCUUGGUCGAUAUCGGGUGAAGGGUUCCAACAACGGAACCUGUUACAACAUGCGACCGGCUAUCGAGUUCAGCGCGAAGCACAACAUCACGCCGCACCAGUCGCUUUACCGACUAGACGAGCUGCCGAAGAUGAUUGAACUGAUGAAUUCGCACAAAGCACAGGGUCGCAUGGGCGUAAUCUUCGACGGAGGGAAGAGCAAUCUGUAG